AUAAUAUCAGUAUUUUUAUUAAGAGACGGGCUGUUCACCGUUCACCUCCAGUUCCUUUAUCUUACUAUACCCACCUAUGAGUAAUAUUUUUAUGCUGUUGGUCGUUACAAACAUUGUCUAAGUUAGGCACAGAACAUCAAUUUUCAUGCCGGCUUGAGUCACACGGUAUGUCCUCCGAGUUAUACAAGGCAAAACGUGUAUAAAUAGUAAAACGAUAUGGAUUUUUUAAUAUAAUAAAUCAUUCUAUCGUGUUUUAUUUCACUGAUAUUCAUUCACCUAAAUUUUUACUUAUUGCAACAACACUUAAAUCCUCACAAUGACAUCAGAAGACGAGAAGGUAGCGGCGAUCGUCAACGACGACACGCCCGACUUUGGAAGUAAAAUCGAUCGUAUUUCGGAGGAGACGGGUUGGUUCGGUGAGGGAAAUGCUACUAUCGAUGCCUUCCUCGCUGGCCAUAUAGACGCAGCGAUGGCUGCCAGAACACUCACUCAGCCUAUCGAUGUGAUGUAUUCAAGCGGCGACCGUCUCGCUAAGCAAAAUCAGAGCGAGGGUCAAGAAGUCGUCCCCGAGCUUGAAUGGACUGAGUGCCAAUUAUGGAACCUCUGGUAUUCGAUCCUCCACUCCGCCAAGCGCAUCCCAUAUACCGAAGAAGCGCGACAUGGAAAGCUCCUUGACUUAGUUACUGCGAUUCACGCAUGUCCGGACCCACCUGCGCCCAAGCCCCGCCCAAGGGACUGGAUUUACCGCGAGGACGGUAAGGUGUGGUCCGCAUUAUUGUUACUCGGCCCCAGCGGUCGCGAGUCCUGGAAUGACUGCCCCGGGUGCGGUGCAGGUUGGAGCGUACCGGAGCGUUGCGCCUGGGUCAAUGUCAACGCGUGGGUGGCUCGACUAACGGCAGAGGGGCCUAUCCCGGGAUACUUUGCCGUUUACGGGUUGUGGGCCCUGGGGGCUGCGUUCGAAUCGCCGCUCGAGCUACCAGAGCAUACGCAUAGACCUCGCCCGUCGGUGAAAAUCGAGAGAGAGCUGCUAGUUGAGACGGCUGCGGUGUGGGUGAAGUUUGCAGGGAAAUACCUAUAUAGUCUGCGAGACGAGGAGAUGGAAGAGAAGGAGGGGGAUAAGAUGCAAGUGUCGGAUUUGAACACUCCUGAAGCGCAACUCCCAUGGAGAGUGAACCAGGCAGAGUGGACGACAUAUUGCAAGGGUCGGUGGGACUUUUGGAAAAGGAGGUUUAAGGUGGUUGCACGUGGUGAAGGUCUCGAAGACGGAGAGGAAGCGCUCUCGGGGGAAAUUAGGGAGCUUGCUGCUGAGGCAGCGCAAGUUAUCAGAGGCCUUCUAGGGAUUGAGUAGAAAGGGAUUAUGAGGAAUAAGGGGUUGUAUUAGUACGCAAUAUUCGGCCAUUAAAAGAGUCAAUAGAUACCUAAUACCUACAUAGGUACCUAGAUAGGGCUAGAAUAGGGGUGCCCUAUCAUAAAUUAGCGAAUACGAUAUUAUAUGUAGGUGUUCUUGUCAGCAUAUGUGUGAUUACGCACAUGUAGUCCUGAGUGAUGGGCUGUUUCCUAGCCAAUGAAAUGAUAGCAUACCUAGGUAACCAUGAGUAGAAGCUAACCGAAGGCUUAUAAUAUAAUAAAUAAAGGUUGUGUAGAGAGUCAAAGGCCCUUUUGUCUUAUUUUUCGUCGUCUCUCUUGUAUGAACUUGUGUCAGGGGUUAAAUGAACAGACUAGACGAUUGUUUAAGUCUGUAUAGGCGAUUGCCUCCCCUUCCUUUUCCUUAAGCUAAUAUUAUCGCUAAGCUACCCCGAGUCGUUAGGGAUGUGCGAAUGAUUGAUAUUGAAUUGAAUGAGACUUGAGUCAAGAGAAUAAACGGAUGAGUAUAAACACGGAACCGAGAGUCUCGGUAAUGAAAGAAUGAUCUGGUCAUAAGACCUCAGUGACGAACGAUUGAGCUUGGCUCGUUGAAUUUCCAACCGUGUUUUAGGGAAUUCCUGGGGUACCUUCGUGCCUAUGCGGGUUAUCGUAUUGCGCUUAUGAUUUCUUCAUUCUGUACUACGCAUAUGC